GUGUUCGUGUUUGAAAAUAUUUUUCAAUCUCUUUUUUCUUUGGAUUGUAUCACGUAUUAGCGAAUUUAUAGAGGCUUGGAAAACCCGUGCGAAAUUCACAGUUGCACCAAAUAAACAUGGCUGCUCCCCCGCCGACAGACGCGAGUGUGAAAAAUACGGAGGAGCAAAUUACCUCUGCAAUGGAAACGGACGAGUGCUCGGCCGCAGAAAAUGUAAGAAAACCGGAAAAGAAAGCAGUACACAAAACUGAACCAGAAACAGAGGACACUUUUAAAAAACCAGCUCUUUUCGCAGCGCCUUCCCUCACCAGUAAACGCGGUAACGUCGCUGCUCCGUCCAAACCAACAACAACAGCAGCCGAGACAAAACAUGUCAAAGAACGUAACGAAGCUGAAGUUGUAGACACUAACGUUACUAGUGAGGAUUCUUCUGGUCAUGUAAACGGGAAAAAACCUACCGAAAAAGGCCAAGAAGAGGACAAGAAAGGCGGUAAAGACAACAAUGUGGCUCCUGUCAAAACCAAGCCAGAAGCUUUGGCUAAACCCAGGGUGCUUCCUGCUAAAUGCCCCCCCGCUGGUAAAUUCCCCCCUAUCCCAUAUACAGAGCCGCCCUGGGGUGGCGUAGCUUCAGAUAUCCCCUAUGCUCUGGAAAUCCUUAAAAACGGCACCAUAGUGGACACGGUACCCCUCACGCAGAAAAGUUACUUCGUGGUUGGACGUUUACCUGUGUGUGAUGUCUCUUUGGAGCAUCCCUCCAUCUCCAGGUACCAUGCGAUAAUUCAGUACCGCAGACAGGCUGGAGGGGGGGAGUCCGUUGGCGAGGAGAGAGGCUUUUACGUCCAUGAUCUGGGCAGCACACACGGCACUGUGGUGAACAAGAACAAGAUUCCGCCCAAGACCUACAUCAGGCUCCGUGUGGGACACGUCUUAAAGUUUGGUGGGAGCACAAGGCUUUUUAUCCUGCAGGGUCCGGAGUUUGAUGAGGAAGAGGAGUCUGAGCUAACAGUGACAGAGCUGAGGGAGAAAUCCCGGAAACACAUGGCAGAGCUGGAGAGGAGGAUGAUGGGAGACGGUUCUGAUGCUGAUGAUGAUGAUGAUGAUGAGGAGAAGGAGAAGAACAAAGACAACAAGGGCCAGAGCAAACUGUCAAAGGACGAGUCAGGCUGUUCAUGGGGAAUGGCUGACGAGGCUGUCCCAGAGGAAGACGAGAAUGAGGAGAACCCUUUUUCAACCGAGUUCCACGAGGACCAGGAAGCUGCCUACCUGAAAGACCCGAAGAAGGCCUUGCAGGGCUUCUACGACAGAGAAGGAGAGGAGCUGGAGUUUGAGUACGAAGCCCAAAGCCACGGCACCUGGCUUUGCAGAAUAAAGCUUCCGGUGGACGAUGCCCUGGGCCGGCAGCUGGUUGCCGAGGUGACCCACACAGGGAAGAAGAAAGACGCAGCCGUCCAGUGCUGCCUGGAGGCCUGUCGGAUGCUGGAAGCCAGAGGGCUGCUCCGCCAGGAAGCAGUGUCCCGCAAGCGCAAGAAGAAGAACUGGGAAGAUGAGGACUUCUACGACAGUGAUGAUGACACCUUCCUGGAUCGAACCGGCACUGUGGAGAAAAAGAGGCAGGAACGAAUGAAAAAGGCGAAAAAGGUUGAGGAGCGGCCUGAGACCUAUGAAUCAUUGGUGGCCAAACUGGCAGAGGUGGAAAAGGAGCUGGCAGAGACCCAGAAAAAGCUCAAUGGUGGUAGGGGAGACUCCUCCGGCUCUUCCACUGAGGACCCCCUGGAUGCCUUCAUGACUGCAGUGCAAAGUGAGGCAGUGAUGGACGCCGUGGAGCGCAGGAAGCUGCACGUGCACGUCGCCGACUUGCGCAAAGAUGCUCAGAGGCUCCGCAAACUGGUCGAACUCACACGGCCCGCCCAGAUGCCCUCUCUGCUGCCGAGUGGUAGCUCAGAGCCAGAGAAGCCUAAAAAGACAUUACCUCUGUUUGGAGCCAUGAAGGGAGGAAGCAAAUUCAAACUGAAGACUGGUACUAUUGGGAAGUUGCCUCUGAAGCGCCCCACCCUGCCCGCAGAGCUCUUCAACAUGAGAGAACUUCCACCCAGUGGAGAAGAGGAGGAAGAGGAAGACGACGAGGCAGAGAAAAAUGAGGACAAUGACGGUCAAGAGUCUGCGACUAUCACUGAGGCUACUGAGAUUACAGAUGUUGACUGUGAAGAGUCCAGUGCAUCCAUGUCUCAAGAGAGGACCCUUUCAGGGCAGCCAAGGCAGCAACAAGCACGGUCCCAAGAGCCUCAAGAGCAAGGCCACGAACACAGGAGAGGUGAGGAGUCUGCUGACACAGAGGAGCAGGUUCGCCAGCGCAGCAGCAGCAGCAAGGCUGUGGCCCCAUCGAGUACAGAGUCCAAAGAAGCAGGCGACAGAGAGCCAGCAGCAGAGCCCAGCCCCAGAAAGAAUGUGAAGAAGAAAGUGAUGGGCCCCAGCAAACCACCAAGGCAGCUCUCAGGACCGUAUCCAGAGGACGACCCUGAUUAUUGUGUCUGGGUGCCUCCUACAGGUCAGUCUGGAGACGGCCGUACACACCUAAACGAUAAGUACGGCUACUGAGGGAAAACAUAAGAGAGCAAGCUCUUGUGUCUCCACUCCACCAGCUUUUAUACUGCAGAUAAUACCUGCAACACGAAGCCUCCAGUCUCCUUAGCUCUGACCAUUAACCCCCUCUACCCAUCCCAGUCCCUGUGUGUGGUUCAGCUUAGAAAAGACAGAAACAUGGCAGCCUGUAACAGACAAGGGGCUUGCAGAGGGACAAUAAUGCUGCACCUUUCAUUAUCUUGUGGGGAUAUUUGCACUCUGACUGCCAUAAACAAAAAGCACGCCAUUUCAAUUCACAUUAAACUGGCAAGCUUGGGGAGCAGACACUGGGCAGUCAGCCUGCUGGCACCUUUCACCCAUGACAACAAUAGAGAUGGGUAGCACUUGAAUUGUGUCCUUUUAUUUGAAUUCUAUAUCAUCCAAGCAGAAAAUGGAAAGGGACAGAGCAGGAGCAGUAACUGAUACCUGCAACUGAUCUGAAUUCAGCUUUCUGGUCUUUGGCUGCUCCUCUUGCAUUUAAAUCCACCUGACAUCCAAUCUGUAUCCCUCCCCUAUUUGGCUUCAGUCGAUCGCUGGCAUAACCCAAAGUGUGUAGCAGGGAGGGAGAAAGAGGGAGAGCGUUGAAGCAGCUUUUCUGACCAUCUGGACACUUGGAUGGCUUACUGGAUGAAACGCAAGAUGAUAAUGACUCAAGCUAAUGGGAGUGUGUGUCUGUUUCUCCACCAACACACACACACACACACACACGUAGCCCAACCUUCUCAAAGUUCUCUUUUUAACAAGAUUGUCUUUAUGAGUGAGUCAGCUAUUGGUGUGUUUGCCUAGAGCAGGAUUCCUCGCUCUGUGAAAUCCCACUCAGUGCUGUUCUGUUGGUUUACUGCCAUACUCUCCACCCUCUUUUCUGUCAUUUCUUCUCAAAACACAAAGUAAACUGUAUUUUGUUAUAUAAAUGUAAAAUAAAAUUGUCUGUACAUAA